GUGAGAGGAGGAGAGCAGCGGCUUCACCGUUUUAGUUUCGUUAAAAUCCAGCCUCGGGGACCGUCGUCUCUGAGGCAACAACGAAACCGACGGCGCAAAUGGAGGCGGCGGCGACGAGCGGCGCGAAGGAGCGGCUGUGGAGCGCGCUGCUGGCCCUGGGCUUCAGCGCCCCGGAGGAGGCGGGCAGACUGCCGGCGGUGCCCAGGGGCGGCGUGUGGAGGGGCAGCUCCCGGACCGUGUUCGGCAAGAAUAUGUUUGACAAGCCAAACAUGGAUGCAUUUCAAACUGUGGCACAUUACUUAUUUGUGAUGUUGGAUCAAACCCGUUCCAAUUCUCUAUUCAGGGAUUGCUGGCCUAUUUAUGAUAAGAAAAUGGCAGUUGUCUUUAGAAAAGCGUGUUAUGAGUGGCUGAAGAAAAUUGCGGAUAAAGUUGGAAGCACUUUUCCUCAAGUUGUGGCUUCUUUGUUUCUUUCUCCUGGAGGUCCUAAGUUUAUUAAUCUCAUGUACCAUUUUUCAAAAUAUGUGCUUAUUCAAAAAUAUAAUGAGAAAGCUGCAAGAAAGAAUUCCUGGCUACCCAUUGAAAUGAGCGGAAAGCAACAAAAUCUCCAUUUGGCAGCAAUGAAAAGUUGCAUUGCAAGCAACCGUUUUUUAGAAGGAAUUCAGAAGGAAGCUUUUGUUGUUGGGGAGUAUCAAAAAAAGGAAGAAUUAUUGGUGAAGGAAAAUAAAAUUUUAAGGAAACCGAGUUCUGAACAGAAACAUUGUCUGGAAAAGAGUUCCUGUGGAAAUGCUCAAGAACAACUUAUUCAGAAACAGAAAGAGCUACAAGCGAUGUGGAAUGUGGUAAUGGAUACACUGUCUCAGUUGGAAAGAGAAACAGACGCUAUAGAGUCUAUAGUGAAAGGGAAUGCAAACCGAUAUACGCUUGAUGGUACCAAUGCCGCAAUAAAAGUACCAAGACGAUUGCUUCUUAAGGCUGAAGAUGAAAUGGAUCAGAUUGGCAACCUGUAUGAGGCUGGUAAACUAAGCAUGAGAGCAAUAAUCCAGCUAUGUAAUUCGUCCCUCAAACUUUGUGAAAAGGAGUAUCAUCAAAUUGGUACUGUAAAAUUGGGAGCACAUCAUGAUUACUUGAAAAGGGCGACAAAAAUUCUGAAAUGCGAACUUUCUGAAAUGGAAGAUAAAAGCCAGAAGAUAACAGAAAUCGUUGUCCCUUCUAUAAAACUCUCAAUUACCAAGAUGGAAAAUGCCUGGGAUAAAAAAUGGGAGCAGUAUCUGAGCAGAACUGGCUUUUCUCCUGUGAAGAAAAAGUAUCCUGUUCUUGAUCUUCUUCCGGUCAUGCCAGCAUGGUCUUUUGAAGCAGCUUCAGAAGAAGUUUACAAAAACAGCGUGUUUUGUUCCUAUCCUGCAUUGCUUCCUGUUUCUCCUGAAAAAACGAGAGCAAGAGAUUCAAAAAAAGAUGACUAUUGUAUAACUAGCCUUUCACAGAGGUUUAGUCAUCAAAACUCAUUAAAAUCACUCUUCUCUCAAAGGUUGAUUGCACAUCCUGUAGAUCCAACAGAAGAGCGUUUUCAAUGUCUUAUGGAGAACAUCACUGAAAUGCCAGUUACAAGUUCGCAGCUUCAUGGAUAUGAACCUCUGACUCCGUAUUUGAAAGAGAUGGAAAUAGAACAGAAGGAUGAAACUCCACAUUCAGUGUGCUUGAAGAAAACUAAAGACGCUCUUAAGAAAAGAGAUGAUCUGUUUCAGAAGGCGAGUGAUCAAUUGGCAGAGGAGGUCGCCAAUGCAAUUGCUGCUGAUUCACCUCAGUCAUCUGAGCCAAAAGGUAUGGCGCUGGACAAAAUAUUUGAGUCUAUAUUGACGGACCCCUUUGUGACACGAGCAGAGCUACCGAGAACACCAGAAAAUUUGAUUACAGACAUCAAGAUGUCCUGGAGAUGUGCAGUUCAGGAGACUGAGCGUGAACAAGAGAAACUCCUAAAUGAGAUGCCAUCUUCACCUACAACACCUGAUGAUUGUGGCGAAAUUCCUAUUUUGUUGCCAGAAGAGUCUCCAACUCCCACAUCAAAAAAUGUUUCCGAUUGGCCUACAAAUGAAGGAAACAUUUCCCUGAAUUCUGCUGAAAUUCUGGAUACGAAGCAAAGUUGUUAUAAUUCACCGGAUAGAAAAAAGGUGCCAUCGGUGUGGUCAAGUUACUGUCUUUUGGAUGAGAACACCUCAUCUUUUGAAAAAGAAGUGAUUAAUUUAGGAUAUCUCUUGCCCAAAACAAAUGAGAAUGGGAAUAGGAACGUGUUUCCCAAAGCAGAUGUUGAAUGGAGGAGCAAAGCAGUGGGUUCUUUAGAUAACAGCAAAGGAUCAAACAUCUGUUGCUCGGGCCUUGGAUCAGAAGAUAUAUUUGAUUAUUUCUCUUCUGGCAGUACAUGUAACUAUGCAGAUCAUGAGUUGAGUAAAGAACCCACCAUGGCUUUCAAACCUCAAAUGUCAGAUUCUGGGGAAGAUUAUGCCUGCAAAUUGCUUAAAAAUAAUCUUGCUAGAAGUUUAAUUUCAGGAAAUGAGGCAAAUCCUGACCAGUGUUUUUCAUUUUUGAACCUUACAAAAUCAAAUCUGAACUCUCCCAUUAAGAAGGAGAAACUGUCAAAAUGUGUUGCAGUGGAAAUCUACAAGAAGUUUGCAGCUUUUGAGAACUCUGGAUCCUCUUCGUCUCUUGGUACAGAAUCUGACUUGCAGGAUACAUUGCCAUGGAAUGAAUCUCAAAGGCUUUCUGGUGAUGGUGAAGAUGGUGGAAUUUUACAAGAGACCAUUCCAGAUGAGCAUGGAAAUGAAAGUUGGAACAGUCCUAUAAAUGUGAAUACUGAUCAAGUCAAUACUUGUGGGACAUUCAAAUCAGACCUACAAGCUCUACAGAGUAGAUAUAAUCGGCUGCGGAAGACUUGUUUGGGUACAAAUACUAUAUAUGGUGCAAACCAGGAGCAAUGUUUAACUGAAAAUGCUGAAGCAGUUCAAUUUGAUAGUAAAGAUGAAAGUGAAUUAGGGCUUGAUGAUGUAGACUAUUAUGAUAAUUUGGGGUCAAUAGAUAAACGUGAUUCUGUGGAUAAAUGCUUCUUCCUGGAUCAGAAUUUCUUGAGGACUCCUUCACCAGUAUCUUCACAACAUCAAAUUCCAUCUCUUGGUUUAUUUCUAUUGAAUGACUCUGUUCCUGAAGAUGAAUUUUAUAAGAUCCAGCUAUUAGAGAAAAAAGAACCACAAAGGAAGUGUACUUCCAGCUGUGAAAAUUCUGUAUAUGAAGAUACUCUUCCAGAUGGAGUGGAACAGUUAAUAAACUUUUGAUGCACUUAAUUUGUACAUAUUGUACAUUCUAAUUUACAUAAGGUAGUGACUAAUCACAGUAUUAAGAACAUUCCAAUACCUUUAAAUCUUAUGAACUUCAUCUUUGAGGACCUUUUCACUUCUCUGGUUCAAAUCAGCCAAGAUGGAUGAGUACUUUACAAAUUCCUUAUCCGGAUUACCAAGGGCCUAAAUAAAAUCGUUUGUGACUUAUUCUGUUCACUGCAUGGUCCUCUAAGGCACUGAUCUGCCCAUAAAUUAGAGAUAAUUGUUUUUUUGAGAAAUAAGAGAAUCAGUGGGGUACAGUGGAGGCUGUUUGGAUUAAGGCAUGCAUCUAGGGCAGACUGUUUUACCUAAUUUGAUGCUGUAUUCUGGCACUAUCUAGAGCAAGUGGAAAUGUUCUUUCUAUUCCUUGAUGUUGACAUUAUUUGCCUUAAGCAACAGAUUUGUUCCAAAAUUAACAGUCUUCUGGUUAGCCUCUAAUUCACUCUUGAAUUGCUAAACUAUUGUUUUUAUCUAAUUGUACGUAUCAUUAUGCUGUUUGUAAUAAAGUAAUGUAAUAUG